AUGCUCAAUAUACUUCUAUUGAUAACAUCUUUAUUAGUUGCAAUUAUGGUUUAUGUAAUGAAACAACGUUAUUUUAAACGUCAAAAAGAUGUACCCGGUUUAGAACCACAAUUUCUAUUUGGUAAUUUAUUACAAUUAAAUGUUCUUUUUUCACAUCGAUCAUUAACUGAUAUUUUCAAACAACUACAUAAAACAUAUGGUGAUAUAUAUCAAUAUUGGAAUGGUCCUCGAAGUUAUUAUGUUUUUAAUAAAUUUGAACAUGUUAUGCAUAU